AUGAACAACUACAUAUUGCCGGAUUUCAUAGGAGAGAUAUUGAGAACAGCAAAGUUUGUUCAUUUGGCGACUUGCAACCCAGAGACAAACGAGCCCAAUGUGUCGUUGAUGAACUAUGUGCUAUUGACCUCGAAGGACUUGUACAGGGAGAGAGGCGACGGUGGUGAGGACCCUAACAAUUACAUUCUAUUGGCAACACAGAAACACACCACCAAAUACCAGAACAUCCUCAGGAACCCCAAGGUGUCUGUGCUAGUACACGAUUGGAUCACCAUCAAGAACUUGGUGGGCAGCAGCAGCGACUUGGGCAGCACCUCCAGCAACAAGCUCAUGCAGAUGUUGCGCGACUUGAACCACAGCGAGUUGAGCCAGUUCAGUGUCACCUUGAAGGGCGAGGUCUGCGCGACCAUUCCGAAUCAGAAUCAGCAGAAUCAGCAGAAUCAGCAGAAUCAGAAGCAGAACGAGUUCCGGUACUACCGGGACAAGUUGUUGGCCGUGAACUCCGACGCCGGCGUGUUUGUCGAGGGCGACGACAUUGCAUUGCUCCUUGUCCGCAUUGUGCGUUCGAAGGUCUCCGACACCGCAAAUAACGUCACCGAGUACUAA